AUGACCGCCAUCAACAUAUCAGUCGUCGAAUCCCACCGCAUCAACAUUGCUACUUCUCACGAACAAGCCAUUCCUUUGUCUCUGCUCGACAGCACAACAGCCAACUUCUCCAACGCCAGCGCCAUAUGGCUCUUUCAAAAACCUACUCGCGAUGACUUCAACCACACCUAUCACUUACGUGAAUCUCUAGCCCGGACUCUUCGGUUCUAUCCGCAAUUGGGCGGUCAUCUGAAGGCUGUCAAAUCGACAGAUGGCAGCGUUCCACCUCAAGCAAAGUCGUUUCCGUCUCAUGCGCGACGGUUCGGGCGCCUUUACGUACACUAUGGAACCGGAAACGAUCCUGGAGUGGAGUUUUUUCAUAGCAAAUGCGAUGCUACGCUGGAAUCUUUAUAUCCCGCAGAUAGGAUUUCGAAGCAGCCUUUCUGGAAGUGCGACUCCAGUAUCUUUCAGAAGUUCAUGGCCCCUGUCACGAUUGCUCAUCCACUGAAGGAUGUCGUGGAGGAUGAAAAUGGGCAAUUAUAUCCUCUUCUUGCCAUCCAAAUCACCGAGUUGUCUUGUGGCGGCUUUGUUCUCGCCAUCAAUGGAGCGCAUCCUCUCGCAGACGCCACGACUCUUCUCGCUUUUCUCAAACAUUGGGCGCACGAGAGCCGCGAGGGUUUUGGAAAGACUCUGCCUAGCUCAGUACCUGUCUUUAACCCUCUCCUCAUCGACAACCGAGCCGCCGGAGACCUCGAUGCCGACGAAUCAGACUUGGAUAUCAUAAAACAAGCAAGAAGUUUGCCUAUGCACCGGUUUGACUGGUGGGAUCCAGACUCAGCGCCUCCUUGGCCGUUCAAGAUCCCUUCGCCUUUCGACAAACAGGACCUUGAGCUUGUAGGCAAGCCAAUGCCAUGGACUGAGUGGAAUGUUGCCGAGCCUGUUUCGAACUACGUGGUUCAUUUAAGCCAAAAACAAAUUAUAUAUCUCUGGAACAAAGUCAACGAGAACUCACUACAGAAGUUGAGUCAACACGAUUCAAUUCUGGCUCAUGUUUGGUCCUGCAUCGCUCGCGCUCGUGGUCUCGAAAACGACAGCGAUCCAAUUCACUGCGAUCUAGUCUACGGCGUACGCCCGUGCUUUCAACUAAAAGAUAACUUCCUCGGAUCACCAGUCGUAAUGAUGAACAUUGAACUCCCGGCCUCCGAAGUUGUCAGCCCAUCCAACAUAACUACAGUAGCAACUCGGGUCCGAAAUACACUCAAGACGAUCACUGACCCCUCUAACAUGGCUGCUCAUCUACACAGUCUUGCUUUCGAAAAGUCUCCUCAACGAAUAUGGCAAGCAUUCUUGGGAAGGCGACAUAUCUUGGUAACAACCUGGGCACGUGCAGGGAUAUACGAUAUUGACUUUGGAUUUGGAUCUACGUGUCACUAUGCUGAGGGUGUAGUUCCGGAAAUGGAUGGAAAUGUACUGAUCAAAGAAGCACCGGGUCCUCCUGAGAGGUAUUGGACUGACAAUGGGGUUGAUAUUUCUAUUCAUGUCAGGACGGAAGAUAUGGAGCGACUUAUCAGGGAUCCGCUACUGUUUCCUGUUGAUGCUUAA